GCCCGUGACGCGGAGAAGAGCCUGUGAGGUGGCGGCAGGUCGCGCACGGAAGACGUAUUGCGGUUAAGAGCCUGCGAGGUGGCGGCAGGUCGCAUACGUAACAAUGGACCAAGUCAUUAAGGUACUUGUGCAGUUUUGUAAGGACUACUUUGGAAAAUGUGCUCCUUCCCGGAAGGAGAUCGCGGCAGUUUUGUCGCUAUUAAAUGAGCUGGGGGAGCUGGACUCUCCCCGCUACGUUUUGGAUUCGAGUAGGUGGGACUUGCUCACCUCGGUGCUAUGCCAGCGCGCCAUGGCCAGUCAGAAGGCUACGGAACUUAAAACGUGGGGACUGAUAUUAGGAGCCCUUAAAGCGGCCAGAGUUGAGGGAAAGGUAUUGGUGGAGGCUCGAUACCUUUUGGGUCUCAGCGGAGGAGGUGAGACACAGGACCCGGUCGGGUCCGAUGGGGGUUCGGGAGCAGUUUCUUGCAGGGGCCGAGAGGAGACGGAGCCGCCAAUGACCGUUGGCGGGAUGGCGCCGGCUGAGCCGACCGCGCUCAGUUCAAAAGAAGACAAACAACAAGAGAGUGAAAGUUCGUUGUCUCGUCCCCCUCCCCCGUAUCCAAACCCCUCAGGUGGAACGUUGUAUCCUUUAUCAGAAUUACGUCAGUGUUACCUGACUCAAGGGGGCGGAGGAAGCUGUGAUCUACACGGGCAGGAUCAACUUAGUGCCCACAUGGGGAGGGACCAGACAGAAGGUCCGUCCAAUGCGGACAGGGGGCAUAGCCUACUGUCUCUGGUCACUCCCAGGGGCGGUAGUGCGAGUGAUAGUGUAGAAGAGAAAGAAGGGACUGGCUUUGAGUGCAGGGGGAGGGAUCAAAUGACGGACUGGAAUGGGAUUAGAUCGGAGGCUUUGGGAAAGGGUAUAGUUCCAGAGGCAUUCCGGGUGAUUGUGAGUGAUCGUGGUCCCGAAUGGGUGCCGCCUGACCCCGGGGGUGUUACGCGCCUGGUGGAAUUUAUGGAUAAAAGAGGCCUGAAAUCGCCUCUGACAUUAAAUGCACUACAAACUUUGGCUGCACUGGGGCCUCUCUUCCCCCGUGACAUCACAAACUUAAUGCGUACGGUGCUCAGGCUGGUUCAAUAUACGUUAUGGGAGACGGACUGGGUGGCCGAGUUGGGGGGCCGUGCCGGGGCGACAGGGGUCGGCCCGCACCGCUCCCUGCAUGGGACCGGAAUACAGCGGCUUUCAGGGAAGGCCGUGGGAGUGGCUUCGCCCCAGGGCCAGCUAGCGAGACUAAGGCCAGGGGAGCUAAUAGCAGCCACAGAUGCAGUGGUGGAAGCGUUUAAUAAACUUGUGCAUAAGGCCGAACCACCUACUCCGUGCACAGAUAUUACCCAGGGCCCGAAUGAAUCCUUUCAAAGCUUUACAGACAGGCUUUUAGCUGCUGCAGAGGGGUCUGAUCUCCUGGUACCGGCCCAAGGGCCAGUGAUCAUUGACUGCUUGCAGCAGAAAUCGCAUGACAAUGUUAAGGCAUUGCUGCGAGCCGGCCGAAGUACGCUUAAUACCUCGGGAGAAGUUAUUCAGUAUGUCUUAGAUAAGCUCAAGGUGGCUCAUUUAACUAAUGAAAGGCUAGUCACAGCUAUUGUCGUAGCUGUUGGCCUGCGACAGCAAAGAUCGCUGCAGCAGCAAGGGCUGUGUUUCCGAUACGGCCAGUAUGGCCAUGUUAGAGCACAAUGCCCCUGUGGGGGAGGCCAGUCAGGGCCUCCUGAUCACAGGAAGGGCUUGCUAAAGGGUAUCCGUGGUCGGGUAUGCAGCAGUUAAAUAUCAUGAAUCUGGGAAAUUCUGUGGGUACCAUCGCGAAAAGUAAUACCAGAUAUAAGUAGCAUAUCUGCAAAAACUGAGUCUAGGUGCGAGUUUUCUACAGAAAUUCUUCGUUGGCAGACCGAAGCCAACUCCAGAACAACUGAGGGACAGACGAUGGGAUCAAGAACCACUCGUCAAGAGGAGCACUACACCUGCAACGCUGACACUUCCGAUGUUGCUGAUAUUUAUGGUGUCCAUGGCGAUUACAGAGUGUCACAAACAACUACAAUGGACACAAGAACAUAUGCAGAAAAUUAAAGAAGAGCGUGAUCCCUUUGGAAGCUGGCUGGACGGACUGUUUGGGGGAACGGGUUCAUGGUUAAAGCAAUUGCUUAAAGCUCUCGCAGUAGGAUUUGCAAUCUUUGUGUGUAUUCUAAUCUGUCUUCCAUGCUUUGUAGGAUGCUUGCCUUCAACGAAUGAUGGACAAGACUUUUGACUAUCACAUUGAGUAUCAUAGAUUGCGUGAAAAAUUAUAGAGGGGUUUAGGUUGUUGCGUUCGUGCUGUAACGGGGCAAGGCUUGGCCGAGCACGGAAAAGAAUUCCCUGUUGCUCUGAUGAUUGCUUAAGAACUGUAGUAGAAAAUAGUAGGAAUAGUGUGCUGAAAUAUAUUUAGGAUUAGGCGUUUUGCGCUGCUUCGCGAUGUACGGGUUAGGUGUGUGUGUAAGUAGUAUUUAGCUUAGGGAGGGGGAGAUGUUGUAGUAGGCGUCUUGCGGGGGCACGGGAUGUACGGGACAGGCCUCUCCCUAAACAUAGAGAGAUAGUGCUAUCGUGCUGACCUUGUUGCAGAGAAAACAGGAGAAGAAGAAGGAUGAUAAAAGAAUGUGGAAACGGCCAAAUAAGGCACAAUGUUAUCUGGUGUGAACUAAUCAGAGUGGGACAUGACAGCACGGUUAUCUAGGUAAAAUGUAUAUAAGCUGUGUUUAGUAGUGAAUAAACGCCAUUUGCCUCACUUACUCCUGGGGUCUGGGUGAGCAUCUGGCCCCGACCUGGUAAAGGGUCGGUUUCGCCCAGCAGUAAGCCCUACAUGUGGACAGAGGACGAACACCGGACGAGCGAACGGAGACUACAUGCAACAGAACCGUAAGUGUAGAA